AUGGGCCGGGAGGAGCAGGUUGAGGAGCGAGAAGUUCUCGAUUCCAUUUUUCCAGAGGAAAUAUCAGAUGUAUCAGAAACAUCUUAUCGAAUAACGAUUACGCUUGACAUCGAGCCAGAAGCCGAAUCCGAUGAAGAACCACCGAUUUUGAUACUACAAGUUUCAUAUCCCGAAGCAUAUCCUGAUGUAGCGCCCGACCUUGAAAUUUCGACUCCUCCAAAUGCCCCAAAACACUCUCGUUUCGAUGUGCAGGAAGACAAGGCACAACUCAUGGAAGCGCUUCAACCCAGCAUUGAGGAGAAUAUCGGCAUGGCGAUGGUAUUCACACUUGUCAGCACUCUGAAAGAAGCGGCGGAAGGCUUAAUAGCGGAACGCAUAGAGUCUGACAAACAAGCACAUGAGAGAGAAAUUUUAAAGGCAGAGGAGGAAGAGAACAGGAAAUUCCAGGGAGCCCUCGUUACAAAGGAGAAAUUCCUUGAGUGGAGAGAGAAAUUCCAAAAGGAGUUGGAAGAAGAGGAGCAGCGAUUACGGGAAGAGAAAGAAGCAGAGGAGAAGAAAAAGAAACCGUCUGCUCGUGAGGAGGUGAAGCUCACAGGAAGACAGCUUUGGGAGAGAGGUUUGGUAGGAAAGGGCGACGAUGAUGAAGAAGGCGACGAUGAUGUGGUGUCUGGUGUUGCCGAGAAAUUGCAAAUCUCAUCAUAG